AUGAGGACCGUUCUUUGGAUUGGCCUUGUAAUUAUGUCAGUUGUUCCGUGCUCCUGCCGCAAAAUCAAUAACCAUCUCCGCAUCGCAUCUUUUUUCAAUCCUCUCGCUAACAUAUCUGGCGUGUCCGUCAAUAAAAUCGGAAUGAUUGAAUAUUACCUGCUCGACAUACUCUCGCAAUACCUGAACUUCACGUAUGAGAUUUACGUUCCUCCGGAUGUUCCGCAAUUGGGAUCACCUGACGAAACCAAGGGCAAUGGCUCCUGGACGGGAGUGCUGGGCCAACUUGUGCGCGACGAAGUGGACAUGUCCAUUUCAUUUGGUCCAUCGUUUCAUUCCAGGCAUUUGGUUGUUGACGUUAGCGUACCAAUUAUCCUUGAUGACAUAUCGAUUGUAGUUCCCUAUCCGCAGCAAGAUACCAAUGCAGCAGCUUACCUUUAUGCUUUCGAUCUUGCGACAUGGAUCACGAUGAUCCUAUCGUUUUCGACCGGAUGUUUAGCAAUUUGGAUUGUGGCUCUCGUCCAAAAAAAAGGCGAACGGGACCUACCAACAAUACUGAUGUUUAUCAUAGCAGUUAGCUUGGGACAAGGAGGAUAUUUGAGACAAUACUCACAAUAUUCAUCGCCUUCACGCUUGAUCCAAGGCUCUGUCCUUCUCGCGUUGCUGGUGGUGUCUUACUCGUUCUGCGGGAUCGUUACAUCAAUGAUAACCAGUCCUAGAUAUGAAUUCGUCGUUCGUUCUAUCGAAGACGUGGUGGAAAAGGAAAACAUUCAGCCACUCAUCAUUAAAGAAUCGAGCACACAGGCCGAAUUUGAGGAUUCGAGUUACCCAAUAUUUCAAAAGGUAUAUAAUCGUAUAAAUAAUAAUCCGAUGCUACUCAUUCCAUCAUCGAGUGAAUUCGUCGAUGUCUUGUUAAGCAAUCCAAACAAUGUUAUAAUCAUGUCUAAUCUUUUAGCGGAUUCUGAAAUACAAAAGGACUUCAAGAGACACAGAGUAUGUCGCGCCACUAUCCUCCCGAAAAUUGUGAACGACAGAACAAACUGUUUGUUCCUCCAAAAAGAUAGUCCCUACACUGCCGCGAUUGAUCGACUAUUGCUGUUGUUAAGGCAGGCCGGCCUGUCAGACUAUUUGGACAACAGUUACGAUACGUUCGCUUCUAGGUGUUAUAUUAACGAACGCAAAUUGAGAAGCAGCAAACGGGAUCGUUCAACGUCCCCAUUGACUCUUUACGAUCUCCGCGGUAUUUUCCGCACGUUUGCCUAUCUGUUUCUUUGCUGUUUUGUUGCGUUUAUAUGCGAGCUGAUCGUUGGCAAAUGCCAGUUCCCUUGUUGGAGUGUUUGA